UUCAAUAUGAAUGAAUAAUAUAUUUGUAAUUGUAGUAUGUGUUAAUAUGACUCAUUUUAUGUGUAUACAAAUACUGCUGCUGUUGUGUACCUUAAUUGCUUUGAAAUAGGAUUGUUGUGGCUUGGAACUUGUCUUCUUUACAAUAUUCAACAUGAGUUUGACAGUUCCUUUUCAAAACAUUCCUGUUGGCAUUUUAGCUAUUCUUACAGCUAAUUCAACUAUCAAGCAAUCCUUAAAUGUUCAAGUUGAUAACGUCGAAUCAGUUACCCUUAAGCUCGAUAAUAUUGAAUUUACUACAACCGCUAACAUUGCUCGUUAUCUUAUUCGCGCUUAUAAACUCAUGGAUGAAUCUGCAGCUGACCAUCAAUGGUUAGCUCACAUUCUUGACCUUGCCUUAAGUAAUCAAACUGAUGCUUUGCAAUCACUUCUCAGCAAUCAAUCUGAUUUCUUAUCCAGCUCAUUUUCUGUCGUUGAUAUCCUUGUUUGGUCUGUUUUGCAGUCUUCUAACACAGCUUACGUUAAAAAGGUAGAAUCAUUAUCUGCUGUUCAAGAAGCCCUUCAAUGGGCUUCUGAACUUGCUAAAACAACACCUUCUGUCGAAAUCCCUCACAUUGAAGGUUCUGAUCCUUCCACAAACCCCAUGGAUACCUUCCGUAAUCUCAUUGCUGUUCAAAUUGCUGCCUUUGCUAACCUCGAUCCCAGUUUUGUUUACAGCUCCAUCGACUUGCCUCGUUCCCUUGAAAACGGUGACUUGGCUAUAGCCGUCCCCCGUUUACGUGUAAAGGGUAACCCCGCUGCUUUCGCCGCUCAAUGGGCUAAAGACUUUAAAACCUCUCAAUACAUUACUGAAGUCUCAGCUGCAGGUCCAUUUUUGAACUUCCGUAUUAACAAACAAAUCUUGAUCGAAUUAACCAUUCACCAAGUUACUGAGCGUACUGAAAAAUAUGGUCAUAACAGUUUUGGUAGUAAUAAGACAGUCAUUGUUGAAUUCUCUUCACCCAACAUCGCCAAGCCUUUCCAUGCUGGUCAUUUGAGAUCAACUAUUAUUGGUGCAUUUUUGAGAAAUGUAUAUGAUGCUAAUGGUUGGAAGACCAUCUCCAUGAACUAUUUAGGUGAUUGGGGCAAGCAAUAUGGUCUUUUGGCUGUUGGUUUUGCAAAAUAUGGUUCUGAAGAAAAACUUACUUCUGAUCCUAUUAAACAUUUAUACGACGUCUACGUUCAAAUUAAUAAGGAUGCUGAAGAAACCCCCUCUAUUCAUGAUGAUGCUCGUGCUUAUUUCAAAAAGAUGGAGGAUGGAGAUGAAACCGCUUUGGCUCUCUGGCGUCGUUUCCGUGAUCUUUCUAUUGUCAAAUACCGUGAUAUUUAUGCUCGUCUUAAUAUUCACUUUGAUGUCUAUUCAGGUGAAUCUCAAGUUGCUGAUGGUAUGGAAAGAGCAAUGAAGAUGUUGCAUGAUUGUAACCUCUUACAAGAAUCUGAAGGCGCCCUCAUUAUUGAUAUGGAAAAGUACAAGUUGGGUAAGACAGUCGUUCAAAAGAAGGAUGGUACUACACUUUACUUGACUCGUGAUAUUGGUGCAGCUAUGGAACGUUAUGAAAAAUAUAAAUUUGAUAAAAUGAUUUAUGUUGUUGCAUCACAACAAGAUCUUCAUCUCAAGCAACUCUUUAAAACUUUAGAGUUGAUGAAUUUUGAAUGGGCCAACCGUCUUGAACAUGUUAACUUUGGUAUGGUCUUGGGUAUGUCCACUCGUAAGGGUACUGUUGUGUUCUUGGAGGACAUUUUAGAAGAAGCCAAGGAAACAAUGCAUGAAGUGAUGCGUAAAAAUGAAGCUAAAUAUGCUGAAAUCGAUGACCCUGAACGUGUUGCUGAUGAAAUUGGUAUCUCUGCCGUCAAGAUUCAAGAUAACUCUGCUCGUCGUAUCAAAAACUAUGACUUUGAUAUGGCCCGUAUGUGCUCUUUUGAAGGUGAUACUGGACCUUAUAUUCAAUAUGCUCAUGCUCGUUUGGCUUCUGUAGAACGUAAAUCAGGUCUUAAAGUGAAUCCUAAUGCCGACUUGAGUCUCUUAACCGAACCUCAAGCCUUAGAUGUCAUCCGUACUGUGGCUCAAUAUCCUGAUUUAAUCAAGUCACUUUUGAAUGGCUAUGAACCUUGUAAUGUUGUGACUUAUGCAUUUAAAUUGAGUCAUGAUAUUUCUGCUUGCUUUGAGAACUUGUGGGUACGUGGUGCAAGUCCUGAAGUAGCUGACGCUAGACUUUUGAUGUAUUGGUCUGCUCGUAUUACGCUUGGAAAUGCUAUGCGUAUGUUAGGCUUAAGACCAUUAGAGCGUAUGUAAAGAAGAAGAAGAAGAAAAAAAAAUUGUGUAUAAUAAUAAUAAUAAUGAUAAUAAUAAUGAUAAUAAAAAAUAGUAGUAUAUAUAUAUAUAUAUAUAGUAGAUUCCCC